AUGGGCGCGGCGGCACCGAGGGAGCGGGCGUUGGCUCCGCGGGCCCAAGUCACCGCUGCGGCUGUGCUCCUGCGGCUGCGCAUCCAACUGGGCCAGCAGGCUCGGGUCGAGGACGCCUCCAGGAAGGCUCACAAGGAGGCGCUCAAUGUCGGGCCCGAGCCGGGCAGCCACCCGCAGCCCCGACGGGCCUGGGCGCGGCAGAAGCUGGCCCCGUGGGAGCACGACAAGCUCCAGCGCCAGGACAGCGAGCUGGCCGCUCUACGGCAGCAGGUCGAGGCGCCCAAGGCCGACAGCGCCAAGGCCAAGCUCACCGCCCUCAGCGAUCUCAAGGUGGAGCUCUGGGUCAAGGCCGUGGAGGCCAAGUACUCCGAGCCGCCCAAGCUCAAGAGCCCCCCAGCCUUGGAGGGGCAGCGCAGGAAGCUCGAGGGCCAGCACCAGAAGGCCCUCGCCAAGAUCGCAGAGCUCGAGGACCAGCGCGCCAAGCUCGACCAGCGGAUUUUCGAGGCCAAAGACUCGGCCGCUGAGCUCAAGAGCAAGCUGCAGGCGGCGGACGCCGAGAUCGAGUCCCGCCAUGCCGCUGGAGCCCUCGGCGAUGGGCUUAGGGGCAUGGCCAAGGCUGUUCUGCAGGGCCUCAUCCAGCUGCAGGGCGUCGUCAAGAAGGAGCAGGAGACCCUGGACGCCGCGGACGACGCUGCUCCUGGCGAUGGCGCUGGCGAUGGCGCUGCCGACCCAGGCAGCGGGGAUCCACACGAGGGAACCCCUGGCAGUGCGGGGUCAGGGGGGGAGUCUGUCCCCGUCCCUGACGAGCUGGUCGACAGUCUCAUGGAGGACGCCCCAGAAGGCGAGAGCCUCGAGCAGCGCCGCAAGCGCUUCUGCGACAUCAUCGGGGCCCAGCUCAAGCGGCCUCGGCGUGGCUUCGACUUCGACCUGGCCGCGGGACUCAGCACGGGAGAUGGGCCUCAGUCCGUCUCAGGUGGGGUAGGCAUUGGUGUGCGGCAGCGGUUCGCGGCAGCCACAUUCGACACCAAGUUCCAGCAGCCCCACCGCGUGCUCCGACGGGUGGUCAACAUUGGCGACGGGCUCGCCAUCGAUUUCAUGUCGAUCUACCUCCGCGACGGGGAGGGCAUGAACGAGGCCAACGCGGACAUCCUCUGGGAGGUCGCGUCGCAGCUCAGGGUGGCCGCGCGGCCGUGGAUCCUGGCGGGCGGCUUCAGCAUGGACCCCCAUUCCAGGGCGGGGGCGCUCAACGAGCUCGACUACGCAGUCAUCUCCGACGAGCUCCAGCAGUUCGUGUUCAGCCACGGGCCCGUGGUCGAGGCCCCCAUCGGGCCGCACAGCCCCGUGCUGCUGGAAGUUCGUGGGCUGCAUGCAGAUGCCACGGUGCAGCGGCUACACCGCGCGGCGCGGCUGCCGUUCGACCGUGCCAUCGGAUGCCUUCCUUGGGUCCCUCUGCCUGCCUGGACCUGGGAGGAAGGCGCGGUCCCCCCCAGCCCGCGGGCUGCCAUGCAGGAGUGGCUACGGCACGCUGGGGGCUACCUUCUCCCGCUCCACGACCUGCACGGGGACGAGGCCCAGAAGUCCGCUGGCAGGGCCGAUGGAGCGCGCUUCGUCGACGUGUCGCUCGCCGACGCCAGCCGCCGUCGUUGGGCCCAGCUCAGCUCGCAUGAGACCCACGCCUGGGGCGGGCUGGUCAACCUGCUGCAGCGCGCGGACCUGCUGGUGGCGCGUGGGAAGGACCUACAGGGGCUGGCCAGCCUGCGCGCCCGCCUGGCAGCGCUGCGCCUGGCCGACUACGACGGCAGCAUGGCCCCUGUGCCCAGGGGCGAGCUGGGCGCUGCGGCUACCUCCAGAGAUGCGACAUUGAGGAGGAGGCUCAUCGAGCACGCCAGGGCCCAGCUGCAGGCCAACCAGCGCAGCGACGCAGCUGCCGCCAGGCGGCAGUGGCAGGCCUGGGCCAAGGGCUCGGCCUCAGGCGGGGGGAAGCUCGCCCAUCGCUUCUCCAAGCCUGAGCCGCUGGCCAAGGCGACCCUCGUCAUGGAGGGCGAGGACGAGGGCGACGCGCUGCCCGUCAACGGCGACGAGGCGGUGCGGCAUUGCCUCAAGGAGUGGCUCCCGCUCUGGCUGGACCCUCGGCGCCGAGGAGGCCUCGAGGAGGCGGCCAGCUGGGGGGGGGCGCCCGAGCCGCUGCCGAGCCUCGAGGUGGACAGCCUCAGGUACCUGCUCAAGCGGUACGGGAGGUGGGCAGGCCUGGGGUGGGACCAGCUCCACCCGAGGCAGCUGCUCCUCCUGGACGAGUCCUUCCUGGCCAGGCUCCACGACGUGCUGGCCAGCUGGGAGGACGGGCCCGAGGCCUACCUGGACUGGCUCGCUGUCAUCGUCUUCCGCGCCAAGGCAGACGGCGGCAGGAGGCCUAUUGCCCCCACUUGCCUUCAGAUUCGCCUUUGGUCGGCCCUGCGAGGGCCCAUCGUCAGGGCAUGGGAGGCGCAGCACCACGAGGUCUGGUGCAUUGGCGGGGAGCCGAACACGUGCGAGAGGGCUGGCUGGGCGCACCAGACCCUCACGGCCCUGGCCUACGAGAAAGGGCUCAGCACGGGCACGGCCAUGGGCGACUUACGGAAGUUCUACGAGAACAUCAGCCACAAGGAGCUCUUGGUGGAGGCGCAGGUUGCGGCCUUCUACCCCAGCGUGCGGCUGGGCAGCGUCGUCGACGAUUUCACACUCCAGACUGUGGGCACCACGGGCAUGGUGAAGGCGGUGCUAGGGCCCGCCAUGCGCAUGUUGCUGGGCUGCUUCGACGAGAAGCGGGUGCCCGUCCACUUCGGGAAGCUCUGCUACCUCACCCCUGACGCGGAGGUGGCGAAGCAGUUGGAGUCGGAGUGGCCCGCCGAGGACGGCAGGGCGCAGCGUGGCAGGCUGCUGGGCAACGACGUUCACGACGGGCGCUGGAGGCGCACCGCCAUCGGGGCGCAGCGCGUCGAGGACGCACUGGCAAGGUCUCGGAGGCUGCAGGUCCUGAGGUCAGCGGGGGCCAAGGUCGCCACGGUGCAGAGGGGCGGCCCCACGGCAGCUGCCACCUGGGGCUCGGCCACGACUGGCCUCGCCCCUUCAGUUCUGCACGGGCUUCGGGUAGCUGCAGCGCGUGGCGAAGGGCCCCUUGCGCCAGGCGCAUCUGUCGGCCUGCAGCUGAGGUGCUUCCCCAAAGGCAUCGAUAGGGACCCAGCGGUGGUGAACGCUGGCCAGGUCGUGCUGCAGUUCGGCAUGGCGCUCUGGCUGGGCGACCCCACUCCGUUCGCCCUCACCACGCUGCUGGAGAAGGCCCAGCAUCGGUUCUCGACGGCGAAGCGGCCCUGGGCAACUUGCAGAGACCCCGUGGCAGCCUUUUUCCUCACCAUCAGCAGGCUAGGCUGGUCCAUCGAGGGCGGCAGGCACGUCACUACCGACCAGGGGUUGGAGGUCGACCUAGCCAGGGUCUCGCCCUACUUCAGCAAGGAGCUGGCAGAGGGAGCGGCCAAGAGGUGGUCCGACCGCGACGCCACCUACAGGCUGUGCCCCCACCAGAGCUCGGAGCUGCACUGGGGCUCGCUGCAGAGGCUGGGCAGGACCAAGGAGUCGCUCGGCUGGCAACAACACCAGCGGGCGGCCCUCCACUCGGUCAUCUCAGGCACGGUCCUCUCUCAGACGCGGCUCUACAAGAGAGGGAUGGCCUCCGAGUGGGACUGCCUCAUGUGCAGGGGCGCCCCUGGCACGCUCUGGCACAGGCUGUACGGCUGCGACGGUCACGCGGCCUUUCGGAAGGACGAGGCCUCGCCCGAGCUCCUUCGACACGCAGUGGUGGCUCGGGCUGCAGGAGGCAACUGCGGCGAGAUGUUCGGCAGGUGCCUCUUCCCGUCGCUCGACCACGUGAUCCCGAGGCGCGACCCCGAUGGAGAUCCAGUUCGCUGGUAUCGGCGCCCAGCAUCGGGGUACCUCACCGGCUUCAUUUUCACGGACGGCAGCGCGGCCGGCACGCGGUGGCCAGAGUUGCAGCGCGCUGGCUGGUCGCUCGCUCAGUGCGACAGGCAUGGGCGCCUGAUAGCUGCAGCAUGGGGAUGGGUGCCCCUCUCCAUGGCGCCGCGGCAGGAGGCGCGGGAUGGCGAGGACUACGCGUUCCACAUGGCGGCCUUCCUCUGCGAGGGCCACGUCGACUUCCAGACGGACUGCGCAGGGACGGUUGCCUGCGCCCAGAGGGGAGCUGCAUGGGCAUGCCGCCCAGGGUCGGCGAGGGCCCACAUGUGGAAUGCGUUCUACGCCUCCUUCGACGGCUCGCGCAGCUACACGGUCACCAAGGCGCUGGCCCACGCCACCGCCGCCGACGUGGAGGCGGACCGCACAACCUGGUGGCAGCGGGCAGGCAACAGGCUCGCCGACGAGGCAGCGAAGGAAGGAGCGAAGCUGGCGCUGGCUGACGAUCAGCUGGACUUAGCCUACGGCCUCGACCUCAUCGCAAGGCAGGCGAUGAUCUUCACGGGCAAGCUCCAUGCGCGCAUGGCGGAUCGGAAGCUGCUCGAUCAUGCCAGCGACGUCAUCCUGGAGCUCUCGGAGCUUGAGGCGGGCUACGAGGAGCAUGAGACCAGCGGGGGCCACGCCGCAGAGGCCUCCUGGGGGGCUGCUGGCGCGGCGGCUGUGGCCCUGGCUGCUGCGCGGGCCGCGGCGGAGGGCGACGAGCCCCCUGCAGCUCGACGGCCUCGGCGGCCUUGGACGAUCGGAGGCCACUCCAUCGUCGAGCGCGCCGUCGCGGGGCCUGGCACCGACGGCGCCACCAUGGUCCACUUCGUGAGGUGCUACGCCUACGCCCACCAGCGCAUGCAGGGCAUCCUGGGGCCGCGCGGCACGGGGGCUGGUCGUGAGCCACAGAUCGAUAGGAUUCGCAGAGGGCUGUUCCCUAACGUGAAGGGCGGCCGUGGAGCCUGGCGCCUCGGGGAGCAGCGUUUUCCCCCCGAGGCCUGGCGCACGAAAUUCAGCCAGAGGCUUUCGCCCGCCGCCGCCCCCGAGGCCAGCAGGGCCACGGGCAGCGGGCAGCAGGGCCCUGCUCAGCGCCUGCCCCGCUCGCGUGCGCUGUUGCGUUUUGGGGUCGGGCCCGAGCAGGAGGCCGACUUCCUUUCUUGGUCGGCCAGGCAGCGAGGCGAUCGGAGGUCCAAGGGAGACCCCGACGAGCUCGAAGGGGAGGCUUCCGACUAA